GAGAUCCAAUCGCAUCUCACAUCGCCACCGAACCGUAUCCUCCCUUCCCCUCCCCUCCCCUCCCCCCCCUUUCCCGAGGCAGCGGGCGAGAGAGAACAGAGCGGAGCAGCAAAGAGAGGCCGUAUCUGGCGCGGGCGAUGAAGAUCCAGUGCAACGCGUGCGGCGCGGCGGAGGCGCGGGUGCUCUGCUGCGCCGACGAGGCCGCGCUCUGCGCCGCCUGCGACGAGGAGGUGCACGCCGCCAACAGGCUCGCCGCCAAGCACCAGCGCGUGCCGCUCCUCCCCGACGCCGCGCCCGACGCCGCCGCGCCGCCCAAGUGCGACAUCUGCCAGGAGGCUUCUGGAUACUUCUUCUGCCUGGAAGACCGUGCUCUACUUUGUAGAGAUUGUGAUGUUGCUAUACACACAGUGAAUUCCUUUGUUUCAGCACAUCAAAGGUUCCUGCUGACAGGAGUUCAAGUUGGCCUCGAUCCUGCUGAUCCUGUUCCACCUGUUGCUGACAAGCACGUAAACACUUCAGGUGGAUCAGUGGAUUCACUACCGAAACACUUGCCAAAGAAAAAUCCUACAGUCCUAUUUUCAGGUGAAAACAGUGCAUCUAUUCCCAGCCAGAAUGCAAUCAGUGGAGAUUAUUCGAGGCAGAUUUCUGCUCCAAAUACCAAGACAGGAAUGACCAAUUGGACUAUGGACAACAGUGCACUUAGAUUGGCAGAGCCUCCACCUAAGUACCUGUCAGAUGGAAAUUCAAAACUUUUGCUCUCUAAUCAGACCACCACAGCUUUAUCCAACCAAAUGAACAGAGAUAGUGGCCGGGCUUACAACUUACCAUUCUCAGGCGGUAAUGGGUCAGACAGUUUACCUGAUUGGCCUGUGGAUGAAUUCUUCAGUAACUUAGAAUAUGGCCCAAACUUUGGCUUCACUGAGCAUGGUUCUUCCAAGGGUGACAAUGCUAAGCUGGGGAGUGCUGGUGGAUCUCCACAGUGCCGUCUAGCUGAAGGCCUGUUUGCAGAAGACCUGCUAGGCCAGGUACCUGGAUUCGAUGCUGAGGAUCCAUGGGUGGUGCCCGAGGUUCCCUCCCCACCAACAGCCUCAGGUCUCUGCUGGCAAGGGAACUUGCAUUACCCUGUGUACGACAGCGCCAUGUUCGUCCCUGAAGCACCCUCCCUGCAGAGCUCCCAGGACCACUUCACUGCAUCUGCUGGUUUCAAGCGUCGAAGGAGAGAGUUUUGAAUACCCGAAAGAAUAUAGCGUUGGACAUAUCUGUCGAACAGGGGAUCUUGCUGUAGGUCUCUUGGUGGGCCAAAUCGCAUAGACAAUCAUUCAAACGGAUGGGUUCUUCGCUGGUCGGUCAAACAAUAUAUGUUGUAAUUGUACGCCUUUUUUGGGUCUUGUUGCUGAAGAUCAUGGUUAGUGAGUUGUGAGCUCUGAGAUAACAGGUUUGUGUAUAGUGAAAUAAAGAGGAGCGUCGUCAACAUCAUGUACUAUACAGGUUUCGAAAUUCCAUUAAGAUGCAUCAGAAAUUAAUGUUGAA